UACAGGAAACGCAAGCUAAUAAGGAAAAAUCUUUCGGAAAACGUCGUUUAAUUUAUUUUUCUCUGGUUACACUCCAGUGUCUCUCCAACCGAAAUGUCCGGAAAGGCGAAGGAAAUCCUGCAGAUGGACCUUUACGGUCUGCUCGGCAUCGAAAGCACCGCUACAACGAAAGAGAUCAAGAAAGCUUAUCGGCAGAAAGCUUUGACAUGCCAUCCAGACAAGAACCCAGACAACCCGAGAGCAGCGGAGCUUUUCCACCAGUUGUCUCAGGCUCUCGAGGUGCUCACAGAUGCUGCUGCUAAGGCUGCCUAUGACAAAGUCCGCGCUGCCAAGAAACAAGCAGAGGAAAGAAACAGGAAGCUUGACGACAAAAGGAAGAAAAUCAAGCUUGACUUGGAGGCCAGAGAGCGACAGGCAGAAGCACAGAGCCAGGAGGAGGUGCAAAUCACCAGAACACUCGAAGAAGAGAUCGCACGCCUGAGGGAGGAAGGAUCCAGACAGCUUGAAGAGGAGCAGAGGCUCAUCAGAGAGCAGAUCCAGAGGGAACGAGAAGAGCAGCAACAAACGGGAACCUACAGUCAGAGAAUCUCAGGAGUGAGGACAUGUUCCAAAAGCAGUGUAACCCCCAAAUUGAAGUUGAAGUGGAAGUCUAAGAAAGAGGACGAGACGAAUGGAGGCUACUCUCAAGACACUAUUUUUAAACUUCUUCAAAAGUACGGAGAUAUUUUGAAUGUGAUCGUAUCGAGUAAGAAGAAAGGAAGCGCUGUGGUUGAAUUCGCAACUGUGAGAGCAGCUGAGCUGGCUGUGAAGAAUGAGAGCGGCCUGAGUGGGAACCCCUUGAGGAUUUCGUGGCUGGAAGGACAGCCGGAGGUUUUCCCCGCGGCAUCUCAGUCCGGCCCGUUCGUGCCGACACAGGGCUCCCUCUCCACCGAGCGGGACUACGAGAGCAUCGUGAUGAUGAAGAUGAGGCAGGCCGCCGAGCGUCAGAAACUCAUCCAGCAGAUGCAGAGAGAAGACGAGGAGGAAGCCGACGGCUCGUAGCGCAGCUCGACUCCCCGCCGCUGAAAAAUACUCCUGGCUUUAGUUUCAUAAAGUCCACGUGUUUUUUGUUGUUCUUUUUUUUUGUUUUGUUUUUUUUUUUUG